GAUCUUCGCUUGGCCUUGCUCCACUAAGAAGGAGUUUCACUAGCGGCCCGCGAUAGCUAGCCUGAUCCUAGUCUUUACCUCCUCAACAGUAACACCUUCUUUCACCACCACAAGCUGAGUCUUGCUCCUUUGUUGGAAACAGUGACCGGAUUCACACCUGACCUCUGGCAAUCAAUAAUUUUUGACCCAAGUCAGGAACUUAUGGCUCUGUGACAGCAAACAAGCGCUGCUGUUGCUGAUUUGCUUUGGCUGCCAUUCACUGACAUUGAUUGACUGGUGGCAACUACCAACAAACACCUUCUCUCACAUAAAUAUACCUACUACCUAUCUAAUUCCUCUCCAAUUUCUUCCCCGUCAACUCUCUUUCUGCGCAUCAGCACACGGAUAUCAACUAAGAAUAUGAGCGACAUUUAUCAACACUCUUUCUUGAAGUUUUAAAACACAAUAUCUUUACUUCUUUCGCUAUCAAACACAUCCUUACAUACAUUGACAUCCUCUUUGGCCCAUUCUUUGAGUACCCAGACAUUAUCUCAUCAUGGCGGACAGAGGUGAUCGAGGCGGCCGUGGAGGCCGUGGCCGUGGCGGACGCGGCGGCGGCUAUCAAGAUGGUCGAGGAGGCGGACGAGGUGGCGGAGAUGGGAGAGGACGAGGUGAUGGUGGUUUCCGUGGCGGCAGAGGACGAGGUGAGGGAGGACGUGGUGACUUCCGAGGCGGCUUCAGUGGUCCUAGAGGCGGCCGUGGAGGUUCUGAUCGCGGGAGAGGAGGAUACAGGGGAGGCCGAGGUGGAGGGCAAUUCUCAAACGAGCCGUCUUUCUUCAAGAUCGAAUCCGGUGUUCCUCAGCCCGAUGCUGCUAUUACCAAGCUCGAGGAUGAGGUGGUAAAGAAUCAAAAUAAUUCUGUUGCCCAGCUUACAUCGAAAAUGUCCAAGUUGGGAGUAGAAGAAAAGGAGCAUUUGAGCAAAUUCCCUCCACGACCUGCAUUUGGAAACAAAGGCCGUCCAGUCACUUUAUGGGCAAACUAUUACCAGAUCGACACCAAUAUUCCCAUGCUUUUCAAAUACACAAUUUCUGUCAAAGAGAUCGUAGCUGAAUCAGAAGAAAAGACCGACAAGCCCACUGUCGCCCAGCCUAAGGGGAAAGGGAAAGGAAAAGGCAAGCCCGGAAAGCCUAAGAAGUCCGGUUCUGUCGAAGUCAAGGGACGUAAACUUUUCUUGGUCAUCAAAGAGACUCUAAACGAGCUCACCAAGAAGGACAAGAGCCUGCUUCUUGCGACCGAGUUCAAGUCUCAGCUUAUCUCCUUGCGCAAGCUUGACCUUGGACUUGACAACUCAUUUCGAGUAAACCUCCCGUCAUCAGCAAACCCCGACAAGACCGAAGUCUUUGAAGUGACCUUAAAUGGCCCUGAAGUAGCCCGAGUUGACGAGAUGCUCAAGUACGUCAAAUCGAAUACCAGUGCUUCACAUGACGCCCCAGGCAAACUUGCCGACGACGACGACGAUGCAGCAAAAGCCCUGGCAUUCCCAAAAUUCCCUGAUGUUGUUGAUGCCCUGAAUGUCAUCUUUGGGUUUGGCCCGAGGUCGAACGAAGACAUUAGUGCUGUCGGAAACUCCCGAUUCUUCUCUUUCAAGAACGGUGGUAUCUGCAGGGAUAUGAGCAUGCGUGGGAGACCCUUACAAGCUGUUCGUGGGACAUUCCAGUCUGUCCGCCUAGGUACCGGCCGACUUCUUUUAAACACAAACAUCACUGUUGGCAUUUUCAAGAUAUCCGGUAACUGUGCCAAGCUCUUCCAGGAUCUCAAUGUCUUUGAAGCACAGAAGUCGGAAUGGCGGAAAGUGAAUAACGCGAAGUUGAUGAACAAAUUUCUCCCAAAAACCCGCGUACUGGCAACGAUGAAGUUUGCCAAUGACAAGAAAGUCCAACGACGGAAAGCAAUUUACAGUCUGGCCUAUGCACCUGAGAUUGAACGAGCCUGUCGUGGCAACGAUCAUCCUCCCCGGUUCACGAAGGGUUAUGAAUACCCUGGACCAGGCAACGUGAGCUUCUACAUGGUGUCUGAUUCUAAAGGGACCGGUGAAUAUAUCACUGUCAGAGAAUUCUACAAGCGGAAAUACAACGACACUACGCUCAAAGACUACCCUCUUCUUAAUCUCGGCACUGCCGCAAACCCGAACUUUACCCCAGCGGAGUAUGUCGAGAUCCUACCGGGACAGUCAGUCAAGGCGAAGUUGAAUAGCCAAGAAUCGACCGCGAUGGUCGAUUUUGCCUGUCGGUCACCUUACGCCAAUGCUUUAUCCAUUACGAAAGAUGCGCGGGAAACUCUAGGUCUUGACGACGAGAAAUUGGUGUACAAGCCCGGCAAAAGCAUACAAAAAUGGACCUAUGUCAAUGUCAAACCAGGAGGCAGGUCUGGGCCGGUUCCAAAGCGCACUGUGAUGGAAUUUGCUCAGGUCAUGAGACAAAUGAAUAUUGGAAUCAGCAGCAACCCUGUAGACCCUUGCACAGAGGUCAUCACCCAAGAAGAUUACGCUCAAGGACGUUCAGAUGCUUUCUUCAAAUGGGCGAAGCAGAAUCGCAUAGAGUUUAUACUUGUGAUUCUUGGUACAUCAGAGUCCGAAACAUACGGCAGGAUCAAGACAUUGGGCGACUGCACCUAUGGUAUUCACACCUGCUGCGCCCAGGCCGAAAAGUUUGGAUUCAACAGAAACCCUCUGCCAUAUUUCGCCAACUGUGCUCUCAAAUGGAACCUGAAGGCAGGUGGUGUAAACCACAAGCUCCACAACGAGUUCGGUCUCAUUAAAGAGGGCAAAACGAUGUUGGUAGGAUAUGACGUCACCCACCCAACCAACAUGCCUUCAGGCCAGGGUGAUGAUGCUCCCAGUUUGGUCGGAUUGGUGGCCACCAUUGACCGAGAUAUGGGACAAUGGCCAGCCUACUCUUGGGAACAGUCGUCCAAACAGGAGAUGUUGGACGAGACUUUGACUGAAGCAUUCAAGUCACGACUUGCACUUUGGCAAAUGCACAACCGACAGCAGCUGCCUGAGAACAUCGUUAUAUUCCGUGAUGGCGUGUCGGAGGGCCAGUUUGCCCAAGUUUUACAAAGAGAGCUACCACGCAUUCGCAUUGCCUGCAAUGCCAAGUACCCCAAGAACAAGCCACCAAGAAUUUCUCUGAUCGUUUCCGUCAAGCGACAUCAGACUCGCUUUUAUCCUACUUCUUCCGAGAGCAUGACGUCCAAGAACAAUAUCGAAAACGGUACCAUCGUCGAUCGUGGUGUCACGCAGGCUCGAUACUGGGACUUCUUUCUUACUGCACACUCCAGCAUCAAAGGCACGGCUCGCCCUGCGCACUACACUGUGUUGCUGGACGAGGUCUUCCGAGCGAAGUACGGAGCCGAGGCAGCCAAUGAAUUGGAGAGAUAUGCCCACGAGCUCUGCUACUUGUUUGGCCGAGCCACCAAGGCUGUGAGCAUUUGCCCCCCGGCAUACUAUGCAGACGUUGUGUGCACUCGAGCGAGAUGUUACAGACCUGAGUUCUUCGAAAUCAGUGACGUUGAAAGUGUCUCAACAGCUGGGCCGGGCUUAGGUGCCAGUGACCCAAAGCAGGUCCAUGCGGACCUCGCCAACUCGAUGUACUAUAUCUAAGUGUGCCGUGUGUGGGAGAUGAGUUCGCUCUUUUGGGCUACAAACAGAGACGAGAAAUGAAGCUUUUUUUUUUGGGGGGGGGGUUUUUUUUGGGAAAUUGGUAGGUUUCUGUUAAAGGUAUGAGGUAGCGGGAUAUCUUUGAUUGUCUUUCGUUUGGUUUAUAUCGUUUUGUCCUCAUCUUUGACUUAGGACAGAAUAGUUAGGAUAGCGGAAACAGCUUGCAGUCUUGUAUUUGGUACUUGAAGUUGCAAGGUUAUACAUAGCAAU